UUUUUUUGGUCGGAGUGGCUGCUUUGCUUUUUAUGUAGAGGGUGUCAUCCCCCAUUAGGGACUCUCUCUUCUUUCAUUUAGGUUAAGGAAACUAAAUAAGAAGAGAGAGAAGGAUGCAAUGUUCCGAAGAAGAAGCUCUUGUUAGGUUCUUCUACAACGUCUCAUCCUCUUUCCUCCUCCUCCUCCUCUUCCUCCGCUUCUCCUCGGCUUUACUCUCCGAUGUCCUCUACUUCGUCAGCAGCUUCUCGUUAUUCCGCAGAAACCAACAAGAUUAUGAAUAUGAGUACUCCGAUGAGGAGGAUGUCGAGGAGGAGGAGGUGGAAGAGGAAGAACCACAACUCGGCCACAGCUAUUUCCAAGUCAGCUCCAUGGAAGAAGCUGAUCUGGUCGCUGAUGUCAUCCAUGGCGGGGAAGCACUGUCCUUGCAUGCUGGCGGCAGCCCAUAUGAAUUUCACAAAGCUCCCCAUGAAGAAUCGGGAAAUUGCUGGGAGGCCCCGGCUGGGGAAACGGACGACAGCCAGAGCUCCGAGCAGUUCUCUGCUCGGGACUCUCUUGGCCGUGAAAGGGAAGAGAACACUGAGGAAGAGAUUCCGGCGAGAGAUUCUGAUUCUGUUCAUAACUCCGUUGGUUCGACUGAUGAUGGACCACCCUCUCCAGUGAUGCUGGACCGGUACCGUACUGACAUAACCAAUAACGACAUCCCGGUUUAUGAUGAAAUUAGCGAGAGCAAGGAGGAGAUGAACAACCUCCGAGGAAACGGGAGACUAAUUACAAGUGCGGUGCCAGAAGUUGAGGCGAAGAACUUUCAGGGGCGCCCCGACAAUGACUUUGAGGAGAUAUUUGGGGACUCAUGCACUGCGGGUUCCACUUCGAAGAGCUCGUCGGAGUGGAGAAGCUCCACCAUCAACUGCAGGGACUCCGGCACUGAGGACCCCUUCUCCUCCUCAUCACGACGGAGCUGCCCCAAGUGGGAGUCGUACACGUUGUUCCAGAAGUACGACGAGGAGAUGAUGUUCCUAGACAGGAUCAGCGCACAGAAGCUCGAAGAAACAGAGUCCUUAAGGUCAAUCAAAGUGCGGCCGAGAUCGAUCUCAGAGCGUAUAGUCCACAAGAUCGCGACUGGGAACAAGAGGCAGCCAUCGGAUUUCCGGAACCCCUACCAUGAACUCGAGGCUGCUUAUGUGGCGGAGAUUUGCCUGACUUGGGAGGCCCUGAACUGGAACUACAAGAACAUCCGGAGCAAACACUCUUCUAAGGCUCGAGACAUCGACCCGGGUUGCCCAGCCCGUAUAGCCCAGCAAUUUCAGCAGUUCCAGGUGCUCUUGCAGCGGUAUGUUGAGAACGAGCCUUAUGAGCAGGGUCGCCGGCCCGAGGUUUUUGCUAGAAUGCGGCUUUUGGCAACAAAGUUGCUUCAAGUACCCGAAUAUCGAGAUUCAGAAGACGAUGCUGAUCAAAAGGAGGAAGGAUUUGGGUCGAGAAUUUCGUCAGCUGCGUUUCUUAUGAUCAUGGAAGACGGGAUUCGAACGUUCAUGAAUUUUCUCAAGGCCGAUAAGGUGAAAGUGAGCCAAGUAAUUGCAUCAUUUUUCUCGAGAAACCGAAGAGGUCCCGUUGAUCCUACUCUUCUUACCCUAAUGAAGAAAGUGAACAAGAAAAAGAAGAUGAAGCUCAAGGAGCUGCGCCGAGCCGGGAGGUGCAUAAGGAAGAGGAAGCUCAACGUGGAUGAGGAGAUGGAGAUCUUGAUGGGGCUGAUAGACCUUAAGGUGGUGUCUAGGGUUCUAAGAAUGGGUGACCUAAGUGAGGAGCAGUUGCAUUGGUGUGAGGCCAAGAUGAGCAAAGUUAGGCUUGCCUACGGCAGACUCCAAAGAGAUUCCUCCCCACUUUUCUUCCCAGCACACUGACCCCACAUUCACUCAUCACAUCUGAUGAUGAUACAGAAUUUGCAUGAGAAAAGAAUAUCCCUACGCACACCCCUUCUGUAAAUACCAUAGAGGAAUUUCAGAAUUAUAUACAUACAAUAUAUAAUAAUGGGUCUAAAGAGAUUUAAAGUGAAUCCAUGUGUAGGUGACAUGGAUUUUGAGGAGAGAGACCAUGAAUAAAGUUGGAAAGCGGAACUAGACCAGUAACAAAGCAAAGCACAAAGAAAGAGAGAAGAGUUAUAGAGAGAGACAAGAUGUAUCAAGAGAGUACGAUAAUACUAUUAGCUUUAUCUAGCUUUGCUUUAUCUUCUUUUGGCCUCAAAGAUUAGGGUUUAUAUAUAUAUAUUAUUCAGAAGCACCUCGAGGUUGUGGCCAAGCAGAUAUAUGUUCAAGUAGGAAUCAGUUUCAGUCGAUCAAUAGGUUAAAGACAGAUAUAUCUCGUGUGCUUUCAGCGCGAAAAGUUUGGGUUUAUCGUCGAGGGAGGGGUGGGGGAGCGAGCAAAGGCCGCAAAGGAAUAUAAAGCAUGCAGUUGUGGAAUAAAAAGUUUGGGGGCACAUGGUCCGAUUAAAGAGCCCACUUAGAUCAUGGGGGCAGACGAAAUAAAGUGAUGUAGAUCCGAAAA